UGAGAUACUAGCAUAUGAUAUAUAUGAGUACCUAAAGCCAUAAUAAAUCUCAAGUUUCUGGGAAAGAAAGCUUGAUUUGAGAUAUUAUUUGAAUUUAGUCAAUGACUUAUUGUUCAUUGCCUUGAUAAUAUAUAUAUAUAGUGCUACUUUGUGCAGGUCCGGCAUACAAGCUGCUUCUGAUAUGCUUUCCAGAUAAUUCUCAGGGUGGAUAUCUCAGCACCCAGAACCUGCUUCCAAGGGCUGGUAGCUGGUUGUUGAUGUCAGUUUGGUAGCAGACUAAAAGAAAGAGGUGAAUCUUGCACUGCUAUUCAGCAAAGGUUUUCCCAGAAUUUUUUGAGAAUCUCAUACGAAGAAUUUACUAUUUGCGUUCCGUAUUUGGUUAUACCAUUUUUCGUUCCAUGAUUAGUACAAGGAGUUAUGUGAAAGACAAUGGUCAGUUUAGUGAUAGUUUGGUGUCCUUGUGAUCAAGUGCUGUAAAGAUGCAGGGAUAUUGCUUCAUUCAUAGGAUCAUCAAAAUGAAGAAAUUGUAUGGAGGAGUGCUGAUUGCCUCAUUGUUUAUGGUGUUUAUGCUUAUAAAUCUGCGAUAUGGGGUCAUGAAAAAUCCUAUUAGUGAAGGUUAUCUGACUAUACCUAUACCUAAUGGCACUGAUCCUAUAAAAUGGAUAAAUCCUGUGGUUCCGCCUGCUAUUCAAAAUCCAGAUGGUGCUUCCCAAGUUAUAUCUGCUGAUAUUUUAGUUUCUAGCCUCUUUGCUGGGAGCAACUUUUCCAAAGAAGAGCAACAUGCUCUGCAGACAUGGAACCAUUUGAAACACUUGAUUGAUCAUGCUCAGGGUUUACCUAGUGCAGCAGAAGCUAUCAAGGAAGCUGCUGGUGCAUGGAAUAAUCUGAUCUCCUCAAUUGAAGAGCAAAGACAUGGUCAUGUGAAUGAUAGUUCAAGAACAAAAGAGAAACAAUGUCCCCAUUUUCUUAACAAAAUGAAUUCCACUGAACUUGGUAAUAGUAGUUACAAACUGCAAGUACCUUGUGGUCUUACACAGGGUUCUUCUAUUACUGUAAUUGGCAUUCCAAAUGGUCUUCUAGGUAAUUUUCGAAUUGACUUGACUGGAGAACCACUUCCUGGGGAGCCUGAUCCCCCUGUUGUUUUGCACUAUAAUGUUAGGCUUCACGGUGAUAAAGUCACUGAAGAACCAGUAAUUGUCCAAAACACUUGGACAGUAGCUCAUGAUUGGGGUGAAGAGGAACGCUGCCCAUCUCCUACUCCUGAGAAGGUUAAGAAAGUUGAGGAGUUGGAGCAGUGCAAUAAGAUAGUAGGGAAAAACAUUAGCCAACUUUACAUGUCUGGGAUGUAUUCCCACUCUUCAAAGCGAUUUUCAGCAACAGAAGAUCAAUCUAUAAAUAGGAAAUACUUUCCUUUUAAGCAAGGUUACCCAUUUGUGGCAACUCUUAGAGUGGGGUCAGAGGGAAUCCAGAUGACAGUUGAUGGAAAGCCUAUAACUUCGUUUGCUUUCCGCGAAACUUUGGAGCCAUGGCUUGUCAGUGAGAUACGAAUUUCAGGGGACCUCAAAUUAAUAUCUAUUCUUGCCAGUGGUCUGCCCACAUCAGAGGACUCAGAGCAUAUUAUUGAUCUAGAAUCCUUGAAAGCAAGUCCAAUAUCUUCGCAAACUACAUUGGAUCUCUUCAUUGGUGUUUUCUCUACUGCUAACAAUUUUAAGCGUCGGAUGGCUGUCAGAAGAACCUGGAUGCAGUACAAUGCCGUACGAUCAAAUGCAACGGCUGUGCGCUUCUUUGUUGGUUUGCACAAAAGCCAAAUAGUUAAUGAAGAAUUGUGGAAAGAAGCACAAACCUAUGGGGACAUACAGCUGAUGCCAUUUGUUGACUACUACGGCCUCAUCACCUGGAAAUCUUUAGCAAUCUGCAUUUUUGGGACACAAGUUGUUUCCGCAAAGUUUAUCAUGAAGACAGAUGAUGAUGCAUUUGUUCGUAUAGAUGAAGUGCUAGGCUCUUUGCAUAGAAUCAAUGUGUCUCAUGGGUUACUCUAUGGACUCAUCAAUUCAGAUUCCCAACCUCAUCGAAAUACUGAUAGCAAAUGGUACAUCAGCCCAGAGGAAUGGAGCGAAGGAACUUAUCCUCCUUGGGCACAUGGUCCCGGCUAUGUGGUCUCAAAUGACAUAGCAAAGACGGUGUACAAGAAAUACAGAGAGAACCAUUUGAAGAUGUUCAAAUUAGAAGACGUUGCAAUGGGAAUCUGGAUCGCAGACAUGAAGAAGGAAGGUCUUGAUGUUCGGUAUGAGAAUGAGGGAAGAGUCUAUAAUGCGGGUUGCAAGGACGGUUAUGUGGUUGCCCAUUACCAAGAUCCUAGGGAGAUGCUGUGUUUGUGGCAGAAACUUCAAGAAGGAAAAGGUGCAAAAUGCUGUGGUGAUAGAAGAUGAUUACUGACUGAUCAGGCUGCAACUUCUGAUAGAGAAAUUUCCCUUUGAACAGUGGGGGAGCUUGUAUGAUAAAUAGAAUAGUUUAGCCUACCUAGAAAUUAUUAGAAAUAGUUAAUAGUUGGGCAUAUUUGUUUUCCUAAAUUCGUUCUAGUAAAUCUGAUGAUUGUUCUAUGUAGGGAGAGGAAGAGGGAGAGGUUUGUAUAGAGCCGCCAACCAGUAGUAGGUAUUCAAAGUUUCCCACACCUGAUAAAUUUUUUGAUUGGGACCACGUCAUUGUAGUAAGGAACCUCAAAUUUUCAACAAUUUUUUUUGCAUCUGUUGAAAUAGUUUAGUACUCUUUACUCAAAA